AUGACAAGCACGAGUUUAUCCUAUACAGAACUCAAGUGUCUCUCAGCUGCAUGUAAUAAACUAUGGGAUCUCGAUACGAAUCGAUUAGAGCCAAAUGUUCAUUAUGAGCUUAAUCUACAGGAAGGAAAGAAUGCUUUUGCUCAUGGUGACGUUGCACGUGAUGCAUUGUUUACCUUUGUUGAUCCGUGUAUAUUUGAACGUAAGACUUACCAAUUAUUGUUUCAUUUACUGGACAAUUACGAGCGUGAGACGGGUGUAACCGAGAGAGUCACACCAAAAGAACUUUUGGAGAAUAAUACGUUCUUGAAUGCAGUGAUUGAGACGCCACCCAUGCGUUAUGCACAUGCAUGGUUGCUAAAGAAUAGAAAGGUGACAGGAGAUCUUCAAGACUUUAAGAAAAAGCUUGAAUUGAUUUGGUUUGGAAUGUAUCGACGUGAAGUCCGCAAUGAUUCAUCAGGGUUUGAACAUGUUUUUGUGGGAGAAGAAAAGAAUGGCAAGAUAUGUGGCUGUCACAAUUGGUUACAAGUGUACAAUGAAGAACGCAAUGGCCGCAUUAACUAUAAGGGCUAUAUCCGUCCUCGACAGCGUGGAUGCAAGUUUGUAGAGCCGCAUAAUAAGGAGCAGCUUGUUACUUUUCAGUUUCAGUGGGAAGAUGAAACGAAGCUCGUGUCGACAAGCUUGAUUGGAGUAAGUCCAGAGUUUGAAAUGGCCCUGUACACGAUGUGCUUCCUCAAUGGACAAGAGAACAACCACGUGCAGCUUGGGCCUUAUUUGUGCAACAUCAAGUGUUUCAGCUUUGGCCAUGGUAAGGACACAAAGAUUGGUACGGCCUUCCCAGAGGCACUGCCACUAACGGAGGCGCAGGCCGCGACCAAGAUCCAGUCCAUUUUGCGUGGCAACCACGCGCGCGUCCAAAACCCACACGUUCGUCGUCAGCCACCGCCUCCUCCUCCUGGUCCAGCUUGGGGCCCACCGCCUGGAGGUGCUGCCAUCCCAGUCCCACAGCCUAGCGGUGCCCACUCAGCUGGAAAUGCGUGGGCUAAGCCUCUUUCUCAGCGUGGCCCACCGACAGCGGCACCAGGUGGCUCGAAGCCCGACGAUGCAUGGGCCCAGCCGCGUAAAUGGUAG